AGCUCGUGAAGGCAGCGCAGUGACACCGCAGGGUUCACGGCGCAUGCGCAGCAUUUCUCCACAGAGAGGAAACAUGGCGACGUCCCUGAUCUGCGGCCGUUUGACGGCCAGUCUGAGAAACUCCGGGGCCCGGAGCGCCGUCAGCUCCGCGUCCAGGGUCCUCGGUGGAUCUUCAGGUCUGUUCGGAGGCCAUGUGUCUCAGCAGCAGCCCCCCCACCUGCAGCAGCAGCAGAGGAACCUGUCCCUACACGAGUACAUGAGCAUCGGGCUGCUGAAGGAGGCCGGCAUCUCCGUGCCCGACGGCAUGGUGGCCAGCUCCUCGGAGGAGGCGUACGCCAUCGCCAAGCAGAUCGGUUCGAAGGACCUGGUGGUGAAAGCUCAGGUUCUGGCCGGGGGCAGAGGAAAGGGGACGUUCGAGGGCGGGUUGAAAGGAGGAGUGAGGAUCGUCUACUCUCCCGAGGAGGCCCGCGACAUUUCCUCCCAGAUGAUUGGCCGAAAGCUUUACACCAAGCAGACCGGGGAGGCGGGUCGGAUCUGCAACCAGGUGUUCAUCUGCGAGCGCAGGUACCCACGCAGAGAGUACUACUUCGCCAUCACCAUGGAGAGGUCGUUCCAGGGCCCCGUCCUGAUUGGCAGCUCGCAGGGAGGCGUGAACAUCGAAGAUGUCGCAGCAGAGAAUCCAGACGCCAUUGUGAAGGAGCCCAUCGACAUCGUGGAAGGCAUCAAGAUGGAGCAGGCUGUAAAGGUGGCUCAGAAGAUGGGCUUCCCACCGGCGCUGGUGAACAAGGCUGCGGAGAACAUGAUGAAACUGUACAACGUGUUCAUGAAGUACGACGCCUCCAUGUUGGAGAUCAACCCCAUGGUGGAGGACUCUUCUGGCAUCGUGAUGUGCAUGGACGCCAAAAUCAACUUUGACUCCAACGCUGUGUACCGGCAGAAGAAGGUGUUCGACCUGCAGGACUGGACCCAGGAGGACCCCCGAGACCGGCAGGCCGCCAAGGCCGACCUCAACUACAUCGGCCUGGAUGGAACCAUCGGCUGCCUGGUAAACGGAGCCGGUCUGGCCAUGGCCACCAUGGACAUAAUCAAGCUGCAUGGCGGCACCCCAGCCAACUUCCUGGACGUGGGAGGAGGAGCCACAGCUCAUCAGGUGACCGAGGCGUUCAAACUCAUCACGUCUGACAGGAAGGUUCAGGCCAUCCUGGUCAACAUCUUCGGAGGCAUCAUGAGGUGUGAUGUCAUCGCUCAGGGCAUCAUCAUGGCUGUGAGAGACCUGGACCUGAAGAUCCCCAUCGUCGUCCGGUUACAAGGAACGAGAGUGGACGAUGCUAAAGCUCUGAUCGCUGCCAGUCCACUGAAAAUCCUCGCCUGUGACGACCUGGACGAAGCUGCCAAAAUGGUUGUGAAGCUUUCUGAAAUCGUGUCCCUGGCUAAAGAAGCUCAGGUGGACAUCACCUUCCAGCUGCCCAUCUAAUAAACCUGGACCUCCCCUCCCCCUCCCCAAUACUUCCCUCUGCCUCCUCCCCUGGGACACACCCCCACUCUGACGCCCACUCCGCCCCCCCGGACGACCCCAGGAAACGUUUAUUAUUUCUCUUCCUGACUCUGGCACGAUGGCAGAACUCCGCUCGUUUCACUUUCUCGUUCCCACAUCUCGUUUAACUUGUUGCACUUGAGUUAAGUCGUUACGCACAAACCUUCACCCCCCCGAUCUCUGCUUCACGCUCACACCCCCCACUCGUCGACCGGUUGGUUUGAUCUUUGAUUUCAGACUCAGUGUUUUGUGUUCGGUCGUGAGACGCGGCUGCAGAAAGCUGUUACAUAUGAAUAAGAAAAGACGGGAAAGGCUUCAGGAAAAUGGACGUCAGUCCCGUGAGUGUCCUCGUGUUGCAUGAGUGCCUUCUCUGUGUUGUGUCUAAGAAUGUAAGAGAAUAAAGAAAGCACUCGUUCAUCUCAAUACGACUAUUACUGCUCACUUUUAUCACAACACCAGCUUUGAUUCAGUUAUCGUUCAGACAAUGUGACGUUUCGUUUCUUCACCUCGGAGGAGCAGAGAUGCUCGUCUGCUGUUUGUCACUGAUCUCAGAUCUCAGCCUCUGGAUUCAUGUGGAGACAACGUGCCACCAUCUUGUGCUGCUGAUUUUUUAGAUUGGUCCUUGUCCCAUCUGCUAACAUGGAGGAGAGGUGGUUUAUGACCUACUGCAGCCAGACACCAGGGGGCGAUCCAGAGGUUUUAGCAUCAAUUCAUCCAGCCAACUUUCAAAUUCGAGAAUCUCACAGUUGCAGAAUAAUUGGAUUUCGAUCGUCAUGAUUGUCGCAGUUGUUUAUUUGCCUCCUUGUGGUUGUUGUGUGUGUUGCGCCCCCUGGUGACUGUAUUUUGAUUGUAUCUACGUCAGCGUUUCUGUCGCUUAAUAACAACACUGGAUUCAGAGUCGACUUUGACGCCAUCAAACACAUCACGGUGUCGGAGGUUCAUCACAUCGCGUUAACGGCCAAAGCCUCUGAUGCAUAAAGGCCUGAACAAACGCUGUUCACCCUCAUCUCUGAACACGUAUGUUUGAUUCCUGCAGACUCGGCCGCGUCUUUUACGAAACGCUCCUAUGCCGCCUCGGCUUUUUAAAUCCAUGAAUUGUGUCCCUGCAGUGGAGUCGACCAGUCGUUACCUUGGUUAGCUCGCUGCAGCACGUGGCCGUGCACGUGAGCGUCACUGUCCUGACACGGGGAACGUGUCUGUCCUGCUGAAGUGAAGCGUUAGCUAACAGGACGUGUGAUGCUCAGGACGUUUAAACGAGUCUGGAUGUUGUGUCUGUAUAUUUAUUCUCCUUUAGUCUCAUUUCACUUUGCCAUCGUGCCACAGUCUGAUCGACAUCUUCUCUCAGAUGUUUACUCUCCUUCAUGUAACGUCAGAGUCCGGCGUCCGCAACGGUAAAAUGCCCCCCCCCUUCCUCCAGCGCUCCAAACACAAGCCGACAUUGUGAGUUGUUUGUCAUUUAUUAAAUCUUGUAAAUAACCAAACUGAUGUUCUCACUGUAAAAUAUUUAUGCUCCUCAAAGAGUACGACAAAGGACAAAAAAAAUAAACGCAGAGAACAACGA